AACGUUAAUAAGCCUAAAACAUAUAACGUAACUUGCCCUUUAUGUAAUAAAGCUCAUUACGUCUUCAAUUGUGAAAGUUUCAGGGCUUUGCCAGUAGAACAACGCGUACUCAAGGCAAAGGAAUUUAACGUGUGCUUAAAUUGCUUACGUCCCGGUCAUAACGAGAGUAAGUGCAAACUUAGCCACUGCAAGUACUGCAAGACCAAGCAUAACACACUUCUUCACGUUCAUACGGAACCUAAGACCGCGUCAGAACACAUAGCUUUUUCCGCGAAUGCUCACAAUGUUAACGUGGCCGAGCAUGUUUUGCUUUCAACAGCCUUAGUCAAAGUGCGCGAUGGUCAAGGGAAAUUGCACAGUGUUAGGGUCUUAUUAGAUAAUGGCAGUACAUCUAAUUACAUAACUCGGGACUUAUCUGAGAGGCUGAACCUGCCAAUUAAAAAUGUCAAAACUACAGUGUCCAUGCUUGAAAAGCAUGAAUCAAAUAUCACCCAAUCGUGCUCUCUUAAAUUGGAGUCUUAUGAUGGGCCUUAUAGCACUGACAUAGAGUGCAACGUAUUGUCCGACAUUACGUCACCAAUACCUCACACAUACAUUGACGCAACGGACGUACCCAUACCUUCGGGAAUUUGUCUUGCCGAUCCUUCAUACACCGAACCCGCUGAUAUUGAGAUUCUUCUUGGGGCUAAAAUAUUUUGGAGCGUUCUCGGCACCAAUCGCAUUAUCUUAGGCAAAAAUGAACCCUUCCUCGUUGAGACAAAGCUAGGUUGGCUCUUAGUAGGCGCCAUAAAUCAACCUACCUCUGUCAAACCAGUUUGCUUGUUCCUGACUGACAAACAAACGGACACGACUCUUACAAAAUUUUGGGAACUUGAUACCAUAUCCCCGAAACAUGACUUCACACCGGACGAAAACGCGUGUGAAGAACUCUUUAACAAAACUACUAAGAGAGAUAAAGACGGACGUUUUGUGGUGACUGUUCCUCUGAAGGAAUCUCCCGAUACCUUAGGAGACUCCUACGGGAUGGCCAAGCGAAGGUUUUUAUCGCUCGAACGCAGGUUAGAUAGGGACUCCUCAUUAAAGGAGCGCUAUGUAAAAUUCAUGGAGGAAUACGAGGUUUUGGGUCACAUGAGUGAAACUUUGCCUUACAGUUCAUUACCGUCAUAUUAUUUGCCUCACCACGCCGUGUUAAGAGAGUCUAGCACGACUACCAAGCUUCGUGUCGUGUUUGAUGCUUCAGCUGCCACUAUAUCAGGAAAAUCAUUUAACGACAUCCAGUUAACAGGACCCAGGGUUCAGGACGACUUAUUUUCCAUCUUACUGCGGUUUCGUCAACAUAAAUAUGUGGUGUCAGCUGACAUCGAGAAAAUGUAUCGGCAAAUUCUUGUGGACGAUGAACAACGUCAACUUCAGUUGAUCUUAUGGAGGGCAGACCCUUCUAAGCCGCUUAAAAUCUAUUCUCUUAAUACCGUGACUUAUGGGACGUCAUCAGCGCCGUUUCUGAGCACGCGGUGCCUCUUACAGCUAUCACAGGAGUCCAGUGACAAGGAAACACAGGAAGCGAUCGCCAGGGACUUUUAUGUAGACGACUUCCUAUCUGGCUCUCAUUCAAUAGAUGAUACUGUGGCACUGUGUCGUAAUGUAACAACCACGCUGAAAAAUGCCCAAUUUCACUUGCGUAAAUGGCAGUCUAAUAAUGAAGAGAUUCUUAAAGCCGUCGGUGAGAACCCAUGUCUGAAAGAAUGUGUGGAUCUGAGCGAGAACGAGCUGUCUAAAACAUUGGGUCUUAAUUGGAGAUGCGCUCAAGACAGUCUUACGUUUCGCAUAGACAUCUCGUUACCAAAAGUAGUCACAAAAAGGCACAUUCUUUCAGUCAUAGCCCAAAUCUUUGACUCUCUAGGAUUAGUAACGCCUUGUAUAGUGCAGGCGAAAAUACUAAUGCAGAAACUUUGGGUAAACCAGUGUUCUUGGGAUGAUCCGCUUACAGGAGACAUACUUACAUCCUGGGAAGACUUUGUGAAAUCUCUGCCUUAUCUUAAUAAAGUCCAGAUACCUCGCUGGGUCUUGUGCAAUACACCUACGGUUGUUGAUUUCCACGUCUUCACUGAUGCGUCGGAGAAAGCAUACGGAGCUUGCCUGUACGUCCGCUCCGUGGCCGGGGAUGGCUCAGUGAGUGUUCGCCUACUGGCAUCAAAAAGCAAAGUCGCGCCUAUUAAGGCCACAACUAUUCCUCGUCUUGAGCUCUGCGGGGCCUUAUUAGGCGCAAGAUUAUGCACAAAGGUUCUUGAGUCACUUACCCGGAAACCGGACCAUUGCGUAUUUUGGUGUGACUCUAUGAUAGUCAUAGGUUGGUUAUCAUCAUCUCCUUGUUCAUUGCGUCCUUUUGUAAAAAACCGGAUAUCAGAGAUCCAGGAAAGUUCCAAAGCCGCUUGUUGGCGCUACGUGCCUUCAAAGGAGAAUCCUGCAGAUCUAGUAUCUCGAGGUUUAAGUGCCGACCUCAUAAUGAACUCUUCCUUGUGGUGGUCUGGACCAUCCUUCUUGAAGCAGGACAUGGCCUACUGGCCGACCGCCCCAGGAAGGUCUGGUAAUGAGUCUUCACUGCCAGAGAUGUUACCGGCAAAAUCAUUAGUCGCAUGUCCCGCUUUUGAUAACUCUUGUAAGCCAAUAGAACAUUUAAUUAAAAACAAAUCAUCUUAUUCAAAAUUGCAACGGAUAAUAGCGUAUAUACUUAGAUUCAUCCACAAUUGUAAAAAGGAAAAUACUAAGAAAACCGGUGGUCUUACAUUAGCUGAGCUAGAAUCGGCUUCAGUUCUACUUCUUCGUAGGUCCCAACAAGACUCUUUUCCUAACGAGUACGAACUUCUUAAAACAGGGAAACCAUUGCCAAAGAAAAGCCGGCUUAGUUCGUUGUCACCAUUUUUUGAUUCAGGGCUUAUUAGAGUCGGGGGUCGACUCGUCAACUCAUUCUAUGACUAUAGCACAAAGCAUCCUAUAGUCCUCUGUAGUAAGCAUCAUCUCGCAAGGCUGCUUUUUAAAAUGUUCCACUUACAUCUACUUCACGCGCCUCCUCAAUUACUUCUAGCGACUAUAAAACUUAACUACUGGCCGCUCGGAGGAAGGAACUUGGCAAAACAGGUUGUCCAUACUUGUCUCAAAUGUGUUCGGUUGAAAGGUGAAACAGUGCAACCAGUAAUGGGUAACUUGCCGAAAGAAAGGUUGCACCUUGAAUAUCCGUUCCUCGAAACAGGCACCGAUUACGCCGGUCCAAUUCUUAUAGCUGACCGCAAAGGUAGGGGGUGUAGGCUCAUCAAGGCCUACAUUUGCAUAUUUGUGUGUUUAGCAUCCAAGGCACUUCAUUUGGAGCUUGUUUCGGAUUUAACCAAGGAGGCUUUUAUGGCAGCUCUUAACCGAUUUAUUGGUCGUCGUGGCAAACCAAAGGUACCAGCGCAUCGAGUUUCUGAAACAGCACUUCUGGAACAGGUUCUCCAACGAGUACGUUACUGGCCUGCAACAGAGAACCAAAUGGCAGAGCUCAAGGGGCUACCUCGACGUCGGAACCAUGGUGGUAAUCAAGGACAAGAACUUACCGCCGCUUAUGUGGCUCCUCGGCCGCAUCGUUCAAGUGCUGCCUGGCAGAGAUGGCGUCGCAAGAGUAGCCGACAUAAGGACGAAAAAGGGAGUCAUUCGUCGGGCCUUCAAUACAAUUUGUCCUCUACCCAUACAAGAUCUUGAAGACCCAAGCUCUUCAACGCCGGGAGUAUAUGUUGGCGACAAGCCCGCCGCCGCAUCGAAUUAACUCCACAGCAACAACGAUGACGUCCACCGUCACGUCACCGGACCGGUUAGCCCGCGACGGGGACCGGGGCCGGUCCGCGGGGGGACGGCCAGAAUCGAACUUACGGCUCGCGGAACGCACACAUAUCGCGUCGCGCCAAAAAUACCUCUGUAAUUAUCAGUAAUUAAAUUAGUGUAUACAGUC